AUGGCGGCGCUUCCUGCUUGGAACCUUCUUAAGGGCAAGACCGCGGCAAUCACUGGCGGAACUACUGGAAUUGGUCGCGCAAUUGUUCUGGCAUAUAUCACGCAAGGGUGUAAUGUCGCAGUCAACCACUUAGGAAUGCCUCAAGAUGAAAAGCAUCUACACAGUCUUUUUGAGGAGGUUAAAAAGAUCAAGGACACGGGCAUCAAGGCGGGUGAAAUUCUGGAGCUAUCUGGCGACGUAACAAACCCUGAGACCGGCUCUAGCCUGGUCAAAGAGGCUGUCUCUAAAUGGGGAAAGUUGGACGUGUUUGUCGCCAAUGCGGGUGUGUUCAAACAAGCAGAGUUUCUCAAGAUUGAGCCAGCCCUUCUUGAUCAUAGCGUCGAUGUUAAUGUCAAAGGCUGCUUCUAUUCCUGCCAAGCCGCCGCUCGCCAGAUGGUUAAGCAAGGGCACGGCGGUUCGAUAAUUGGAAUUUCCUCUGUCAGCGCCCUACUCGGGGGUGGUUUGCAGACCCACUACACGCCGACAAAAGCUGCGAUUCUCUCGAUGAUACAGUCUAUGGCUAUCUCCCUUGGAAAAGAUCAGAUCCGAUGCAACGCACUGAUGCCUGGUACCAUUGCCACCCAGCUGGCCGAUCAUGACAUGAAGAAUCCCACCAAAAAGGCUGCUCUUGAGGCACGCAUUCCCCUCGGUCGCAUUGGUAACCCCGAGGACAUGGCAGGUCCUGCAGUUUUCCUGGCUUGUGAAGAGAUGAGCCGUUAUGUGAACGCUACGGGACUGUUGGCCGACGGUGGGAUGUACAGUAACUUGCAGUGA